AUUUCUGAUAGAAACUAAACAAAUUAGGUUUUAUGAGCGAUCUUUUGAUUAAGUCAUUCUUCUUAAGUGUGUUUUCAUAGUUGACGCUUCUAAACUCUGACAAGUUUUUUUUUCCUUUCUUUUUGGAUUGGUGGAAACUAAACAUAUGUUCUCUCUUAGGUUAAACCACAACUAAAGCAGUUCAAAUGAUGGCAGAACACGGAAAACCUUGUGAUCCUCAGGAAGCUACAUUUUGCAUGAAUGAAGCGUCAUGUUAUAAAUUACCAGCUAUGGAGACACUCUCCUGCAUCUGCAGAGAAAACUACAAAGGAAUCAGAUGUGAGGAGUACCACCUCCCUAGUUCUUCUCAAGAUGAAUAUGAUAGAGGAUUAUUAGCUGCCAUCAUCGUUGUAGCAAUCAUCGUCUUGGUGGUGCUGGCUGUUAUCAUUUACCAUGUUCAAAAGAUGGUAAAGGAAAAACCAAGCCAAAAGAACGAUGCCGAUCAGAUGAAGAAGUUACAAGUAUGAGCUCUACUGCCUACAUGUACAUAUUUGUGCGUGUGUAUGUAAUAUAAUAAUAUAUUAUUUAAUUUUGUUGCAGUUAAUACAGUAAUUUAGAGGACGAUUCUGCAUAUUUUAAUGUGAUAAAAAAACAUAUAUAAGAGGUUUGGAAUAAGGAUUAAUGGUUGGGAAAUGAAGAACUUGUUACAUGGUAGUAUAUCUGUUUAAAUAUCCGUUUAAAUGUGCAAUUGAGACAACCAAAUCCUAAGUUGUGAAAUAUCUGUUUAAAAAAACAAACAAAAAACAACCCAUUGUAAAUGGAUGUAUGUUUUUUAUUUUAAAGUGGCUUAAUUGCAAAAAAAAAAAAAAGAAAAUAUUUAAUUACAUGCAGAUUUUUACUUUAGAUACAUUUUAUUCAUACAACUCUGUUCCUGUCACACAAACCAACCAUUUACAGCCUUUUGCUGAAUGCCAUCAAUCUCUAUUUAAAGUUUUGUUUGUUAUGAAGCCUUAAUGUGUUUUUGGUGUAAACCAUAGUUGCCUCUGGAUGCAUCUCAACUGGACAUAGUGUUCUCACUUCCCAGAAAGCUCUUUGUAAUUUCACCCGCAGCUUUCCCAAAGCUGGAAAUGCGAGUACAAAUGCAAAAAAAUGAAAAAUUAUAUAUAUAUAUAUAUAUAUAUAUAUAUAUAGAUUGUGGACAGAUAAGUUACUCUUUAAAAUGUUUUCCAUGGUUUAACAGUUAUGUUAAAUAAUGAAUGAAACCAGGUUAAAUUUGUUAAUGCGGCCAAUUUUUUUAAAAAUCUGUAAGUACUUUAUAACUAUCCUACCAAGAAAAGUUUAAUUAGUUUGAACUAAAGAGCUGAAAUAUGUGCUUAGAGGACAAGUACUUCUUUCAUCAGACAACUUUAAGCCCUUAUUUGUGCAAAAUAUAGUCAUUAUGCAUACUCCUGGUAUACUUAGCUAUAAUGUGUCAUUUUAAUUAGGCCAAAAUGAGGUUUUUUCUCAUUAAAUUGUGGGGUGGUGCAGCCAGUACCUACACAGUACCCACGCAAUUCCAUUAGAAGUAUAUUAGGAGGGAGCUAAAGAUUAGGGUGAUGACAAAGAGGCCUUCUAACCUAAAAGACAUAAAUCGUAGUUCAAGAAGAUCAAUGUCCAAACAUACAAGUGGAAACAGUCAAAAAUGUGUUUACCAUUACAAGUGUUUGUUUGUUGUAACGUCAAAGAUUUUUAUGAAGGGUAAAGAAGAACAUCAAUAUUUUACAUAAGAUUUUUUUUUUAAAAAAUACAUAAAUAAAAUAUAUUUUUUAACUGAUA